CCUCUAAACAACCUGUAGUGUAAUAAAACUAUCAGGCUCCAUCAAGGCUUCACCUGUCUUGUUUUGAGCCUUGCGAGGCUUUGGCUCGUUCUGGGAUUUUAUCAUACACCAUAACCUUGUUUUAUCUUAGGUAGCUAUAAUAGACCAUGCCCUGCGGGGCUCAGCUGCGACUGCCUUUCGGUGCUCGCACGGUUGCGCCGCGGCGAUGCGUGCCACUCCGGCGCAACGCUCAGCGGAUACCCCUGAUGGUCCGCGCCGGGGCCGAGAUGCCUGGGUCAGCGCCAGAUGAGGGUCCGCGUGAGGUCUCCCUUACGUAUCGCUUCCCUGGAGCUGGCGCCACGUUCAUGCUGGCCGGGGCAUUGAAGAUCAUGACGAUUGGCUGGAUAGCAACCGGAGCUCCACGUGAAUGCGUUCGGACGGUGGCAGGCCAGUACGCGCAGUUCCUGUUGCUGCCUAUCGGCCUGUUGCUGUGCCUGGUAGCGAAGAAGAUUGUGGACUCAGGGCUACAUGAGAGUCGCCGCUUCAUGGCUUUCCUGCUGGCUGGCACGGCGUUCCUGUACUUCGGGCUGUACAGCGUGCUUUACAGGUACGAGCCGCGCACCUGGCACGCGCAACAGCGCAUCCAGGCCUCCGCCUCGCACUCCCGCGCCCUCAGCCCGCACGCGGAGGAGCUGGCAGCAGCCGGGGCGCCCAGCAGCCGGCGCUCCAACAAGUUCAUCAUCCAAAGGCAGCUGGAGGGCGAGUACGACGCUCGUACGGCAGCGUACUACGCUCGUGCACCCGAGAUGCAGAUGCAGGAGGUCGAGGCGCAGCUGCAGGGGCUGCCUGCUGGCAUGCUGCAAGGGGCGGGUGGAGGGGCGGCAGCGGGGGCAGCAGAAGCAGAUGAGCUGGUGGGGUCGAGUGUGGCAGAGCGGAGGAGCAGCAGAGGAAGAGGGGGGCCGCAGAGCAGGAGAGGGAGGGCUGCGGCGCAGCGGCGAGCCGUACUCAGCAUGUACGAGAGCACGUCGAGGAUGCCGGGCUUGGAUGAUUCCGAGUUCUAGUGUUAAGUAGGCUUCGGAAGAGUUGGGAAGGAAAGCAGGUAGGGGGAGUAGGCUAGCAAGCAAGGGCUGGGCUGUUUUUGGGCGGAGCCCCCGCCGUGAAGCGGCUUCGGGGGGCCCCCCCGCACAAACUCACUAACGCAGGUUGAGCGCAAUGUUGGCGUGCUCCACCGUCUCCGCCACUGCGCGCAUGAACAGCAGCGUGUCGGCCGGGUGGUAGCCGGCAGCGGUGUAGCGGGGCAGGUUGGCGGGGUCCACCAUCUCGCUGCGGACAGGGGUGGUCUCUGGGGGUAAAAAAUAUAUAUAUGAUGGUCUCUGGGGG